AUGUCAUUUUACAGUCAAAUUUUCCAUUCGAUGCCUUAUCAAAGCAAGCAUCAUCACGAACGUCAUUGGGGUCCUUUUUUCGAGGAACCGGUCAACGUGACUUCCGGGGCGGCCUUGCAGGUUGGAUAUCAUUUAUCAACGGAGGCUAUCCUCAACUGUAGGGUAGGAAUGCUAAAAGAUAAAACGGUGAUGUGGAUACGAAGAACCACCGAUAAGGUGUCGUUACUCACCGUCGGUAAUAAUACGUACAGCGGGGACCCGAGGAUAAAGGUCAAAUUUCAAUAUCCCAAUAAUUGGAGGCUACAUAUCAACCCGAUCAAAUCGGACGACGCCGGACUGUACAUGUGCCAGGUGUCGACGCAUCCUCCGCGAGUGUUUGCAACGAAUCUGACCGUCUUGGGACAAUAUACAAUUCUCUCUCUCUACGAGUUCUUCGACCGUUACUACAAAUUGGGCAGCACGAUCGAGAUAUCUUGCCAAGUGUCGACGUCGUAUCUGGCGAGUCUUCCGCCCAGUUCCAAGUCCGCCACCCAACAGCAACGCUCGAGGACUUCCGUUGGUCUACAGGCGAACACAUUGGACGAGUUGUCGAAACAAGGCGCCAAAACCACCAAAGACGAUAACAAACCGUCGGAUACGACGGAAAGAGGGUUGAUUAGCUGGACCAAGGAUGGCGCCGAGUUGCCGAAGAAUGUCAAGAUGAGUUUUAGCGGCACCAAGCAGUGGCUCAUCAGCCGAAUAUCGAUUCUGCAGGCAAAUCGUGUCCACAAUGGCGUCUACAACUGUACCGUUGCCGGGAAACAGAGUCGGUCGGCCCAGGUGCAGGUUCUGAACGGUGAAACUCCGGCCGCUGUUCAGCAUAAUUUUGGGCAUCGCAAAGAGGCAUCGGUGCUGUUCGGCAUCCGCUUCACAACGGUGGCAAUAAGCUGGUGCGUACUGCUGAAUCUGGUGUGGUUUUGACAGUCUACUGCUAAGGCUGAGAUUGACAUAUUCGUUUCUUAUUUCAAUUUAAAUGCAGCGAUUAGUGAGAAUCAUUUGCAAUCACUUAUAUUAAGUAAGUGAAGAAUAAUAUGUUAGUUAGUUCUUAAUAAUAAAUUUUAAUAUGUUGUACUUAAUAAAAAUGUUAUAAAUAAAAAAACCGUAAAAAUUGA